AUGACCGUGUCGCCGUCCAAAUUAGCCCUCAAGGGGUCGUCGAAAGUCGUGGUGGACUUCUUCGAGUUUGCAAUUCAUAGCAUACUCUUCCAAAGAGGCAUUUACCCGCCUGAGGAUUUCAUAACCGUGAGAAAAUACGACUUGCCUAUGCUUGUCAGCUGUGAUAACGAUGUCAAAGACUAUAUCAGCAAUAUCAUGAGCCAGCUCAGGAAAUGGAUAUACGGAGGCAGGCUACUGAAGCUUGUUUUGGUGAUAAUGAACAAGGCUACCACCGAGCCGGUUGAGAGAUGGGUGUUUUCGGUUGAUAUCCAGAGUGAGGGCGACGGAGACGUUAGCGAGAAACCAAAAGAACAAAUGCAGAGGGAGAUUCAGGCAAUCUUCCGUCAAAUCACGGCAUCAGUAUCGUAUUUGCCUUUCUUGAACGAUGAAGAGUAUACAUUCAAUGUCUUGGUGUACACGGAUCCUAGCUACGAUAGUAGAAGAAUACCUAGCGAGUGGGCAGACACUCAAGGUGAUGGGAAAUUGAUUGUGGGUGAAGCAGACUCGGUCAAUUUCUCUUCAUUUAGUACAAGCAAUCACCAGGUAGGUACCUCGGUAAGCUACAAGCUCGGUUGA